UCGGACCGUACCAGGUAUCAUUCUGCAUCGAUCCUGAGACCGUACGCUACGCACCAACUAAAGUGAAGUGCUGUGUAGAAUCAGAUCAAUUGAACAGAGAGAACAGGGAAGGAGAGGAUUGACAUACUCUGCUCUCAUGGCUCCAUUUAUCAUCCUGCUGUUCCUUCUGUCUGAAGCAGCUUCUGAGCUGAUUGAGGUACAAGUGCAAACUGGACAGGAUGCCACUCUGCCAUGUCGGACUGCUUAUUCCUCCAUUGAUGCUGUAGAGUGGAGAAGAGCUAACCCGAAGCCAGACGUCCUCCUCUUUUAUAAAUAUAAGCAAACAGAAACACUACAUCCAGACUUUAAGGAGAGGGUGGAGCUGGUGGACAGAGAGCUGAAGGGCGGAGACGCGUCUUUAAUUCUAAAGGCUGUGAGCAGACAGGACAACGGAAUAUACGAGUGUCGAGUUAAACCAGAUGAUUCAAGCCGUAAAAAGAGAGCCAUCAUCAUCUCUGAGCCAAUCAGAACCAUCAAAUUCAUCCGUCUGCAUGUUAUAGAUCCAGCAGGUUCUGAGGCUGAAGAAUCAACUCCAGGUCCGGAGGAUGAAGAAUCAUCUCGUGUAGGCCUAUACAUUGGAUUGGGAGCCUUGGGAGCUCUACUCGGUGGUAUUGUUACAGCUGCUGCAGUGGGUUAAUAAUAUUUAAUAAAUGGUCUAUAAAGCAUCAAGUAACAUUAAUUUGGCCCCAUUAAAUCUUUUUUGGCAAAACAUUUAAAAGAGAUGUUUUUUGAUAAUUUGUACACUGAUAAUAGCUAAAUAAUGUUUAGAAAUUAUUAACCAUUAAAAAGGCAUUAUUUUCAUCAGAUGCAACUUCAUAAUAGACAUCCAAAAAAUGUUUAUUGAUGGUUUAUAAAUAAUAUAAUAAUAAUAUAUGUAUAUAUAUAACAUUUUACUUGGGCGAAAGUACUGUUGCUUUAAAGAAAUGGAAAAGUUAUGUUACUUAAGGUACUUUUUCUGUCAAUAAAUUUUCUUCAAGUAAAAACAAAAUGACUCCAUAAUUGAUUCUUGAAAUAUUUGCUCAGAUAAAAACAUAAAAAUAAGUUAUUAUUGCAGAAACAUUACAUA